AACCAGUCCCGGAUCGAUCGAUCAACUCAGACCCAACCUGGUGGCUCAACCCGCAGACAGAUAUACACCUAGACACAGUGCACCUUGAACGAAAUUUCGUUGCAUUUUACUCUCCAAAAUCAGUUAAAAGUUAAAAGUUCCAGGUUUGCGAGCGCCAGUUAUGAUGGUGCCGGCCUCAGGCCCGGUGAAGACGGCCCGAACUCAUCAGGACCUGCAUCGUGAGCUCCGCCUGGCACACCGCAAAGGGCUGUCGAGUAAAACGGAGCUGCAGAAGGUUCUGGAACAGCGGGAGAUGCGGAAGGUUCUGGAAGAGCCCCAGGUCCGCACGCCCCUCCAGACGGAGUUCCUCAAGAGGCAGCAGAAAAAGGAGGAGCUGCUGAGGAGGGAGCUGGCUAGUCAGGCGGAGGUGGAGAGAGCGCCGGAGUUUGUGAGGGUGAGAGAACGGCUGAGGAGGAGGAGAAGCCCCUCACACGAGAGCCCGGAGCGGCGGGGAGAGAACAGGGCCCGGAGCCCAGAGCACAUGCAGGGGGUCCCUGCCUGAUCUCAUCUCCCUGGCCCCCUGACACUGGCAAUAUCUCUCUCUCUCUCUCUCCCUCCCUCUCUCCCUCUCU